AUGUCAUCACCAAACUUUAUCGCUCAAGAACAAGCAGCUUUCGAUUAUGAAGUGUCUGAAGUUGAGAGGUGGUGGAAAAAUGAACGUUUUCGUCUUAUAAAACGUACUUAUACCGCUGAACAGAUAGUUUCAAAGCGUGGUCUCCUUAAACAGCAAUAUGCCUCUGAUACUCAGGCAAAAAAAUUGUGGUCUUUGUUAAAACGCCACCAAAAAAAUAAGACUGCCACACAUACUUUUGGUGCCUUGGAUCCUAUCCAAGUAGCUCAAAUGGCUAAGUAUCUAGAAACCGUAUACGUAUCCGGUUGGCAAUGUUCUUCCACUGCUUCCACCUCAAAUGAACCAGGCCCAGAUCUUGCCGAUUAUCCAAUGGACACUGUUCCAAAUAAAGUUGAACAUUUAUUUAUGGCUCAGCAAUUCCAUGACAGAAAACAACGUGAGGCAAGGUUUAGUCUUUCCAAAGAACAGAGAGUAAAAACACCUUUUGUUGAUUAUUUGCGCCCCAUUAUUGCUGAUGCUGAUACUGGUCAUGGCGGUAUCACUGCCGUCUUAAAACUCACAAAAAUGUUCGUUGAACGUGGCGCUGCAGGAAUUCACGUUGAAGAUCAAUCCCCAUCUAAUAAAAAAUGUGGCCAUAUGGGUGGAAAAGUAUUAGUGCCAAUUUCUGAACACAUAAACC